AUGACAAAUUAUUCGUAUUUUAUCUUUCUUCUUCUAAUUCAAUGUCAAAUUCUAUUAGCACAAAAUCAUCAGUAUCGACACUAUGCACGACAAAAUACACGUGAAAGCAGCUAUGCCAAUGAUACUUUAUCGAAUGUAGAUGAUGAUAAUAAUAUGUGUCAUUUAUCGGUACGAUGUCCGGCGAUACCGAAACUAUCUCCCUACGAUCGAGACAAUCGUAAUCGUCGUUUUACAGUCGAUACAUUCUUAGCAAUGCAUGGUCCACCGGGACCACCAGGGUUACCAGGUCCAUCAGGUAGUCCUGGUCCUCGCGGAGCUGUUGGGCCUCAAGGGGUUGUCGGUCGGUCGAAAGAUCCAGUACCUUCUGUUGCCUUUGUUGCUUUUCUGCAAAAAAUGCUCUCAGUCGAAUCUAAUCGAUCAGAAACAAUUAUUUUUGAAAAUGCCGAUAUCAACGAAGGAAAUAAUUACAAUCCAGCCACCGGUAUAUUCACUGCAACGUACCGAGGCGUCUAUAAAUUCAGUAUGACAAUAAUGGCGCAAAUGGAUUCUAUUGCUACUGUGCGUAUUGUUCAUAACCAGAGAAGCGUUCUUGGCAUGAUCCGAUGCGACUGUCGACGUCGGUUUUCUCACGUACGUGGUAAUGUCUAUGCAGAACUAGAGCCGAACGAUCAAGUUAUGGUCGAAGCAUUGGGAGAUCCAGGCGAUCCAGCACAAUCUGCUCCUCGAAACAAUAUCUAUGGCUAUACAUAUACCCAUUUCAGUGGUGCACUUCUAUUUCUUACUAAUACUCGCGAUUCAAUUUAA